GUGCCCCGCCCCUCUCCUCCUCCCGGUAGUUUGUCGGUGAGUCUGGAGCCGGGAGGUUCAGAGCCAGUGGCAAUUGGCUGACGCGGUGGCUGCGCCCUGGGCCUGAGAAACUCUGGUCGGGCGCGCGGUGUCGACUCCCCGGGCUAUGCCAGGCGCAUCUCAGCUAAUCCAAAAGUAAAUGAGAAACUUAGAAAAAGAUUGCCAACUCCAAAUCAACAUAUUUAGAGAAAAUUGGAAAAGGAGAAGCUUACUACAGCUUUAUUUGAGGACUUUUUAAAGAACACAGGAUUCUAUCUGUGAGCUGCAAAUCUUGGAGCAAAAACCAGAGACAUUGCCAGAGCAAACAAGAACAGAAAUACAAAUGGAGAACUGGUCAAAAGUUUGCUACUUCGCAUAUCCCUACUUGACCUUUUUUGGAGCAGAUGCCUUUGUGAAGUCUUCCUAGAGUCUUCCAGACAUAACCCACAGUUAUCUUGAACAAGAAACUACAGGGAUAAAUAAAAGUACACAGCCAGAUGAACAACUGACUCUGAAUUCUGAAAAAAGUAUGCAUCGAAAAUCCCCUGAAUUAGUUAAUGAAAUAUCACAUGAGAACACAGAAUGGCCAGGGCAGAGAUCAAGGAAUUUUCAGAUCAUCAGUUCUCAUCCAGAUGAUCAGUCUGUUUACUCCACUACUGAAAAUUACAACAUUAUGGAACAUAGGCACAAUGAUAUGCAUUACGAAUGUAUGACUCCUUGUCAAGUUACUUCAGACUCAGAUAAAGAGAAGACAAUAGCAUUUCUUCUAAAAGAAUUGGAUAUUCUCAGAACAAGCAAUAAAAAGCUUCAACAGAAAUUGGCUGAAGAAGAUAAAGAACAGAGAAAACUAAAGUUUAAGCUGGAACUCCAAGAGAAAGAAACAGAAGCUAAAAUUACUGAAAACACAGCAGCUCUGGUUGAAGAAGUGUAUUUUGCGCAGAAGGAACGUGAUAAAGCUGUUAUGUCUAGACUGCAAUUAGCCAUUGAGGAGAGAGAUGAAGCAAUUGCACGAGCGAAGCAUAUGGAAAUGUCUCUAAACAUGCUAGAAAAUAUUAACCCUGAAGAAAAUGACAUGACAUUACAGGAAUUACUGAACAGAAUAAACAAUGCAGACACAGGGAUAGCUAUUCAGAAGAAUGGAGCUAUAAUUGUGGAUAGAAUCUACAAGACCAAGGAAUGUAAAAUGAGAAUAACUGCAGAAGAAAUGAGUGCACUAAUAGAAGAACGGGAUGCUGCCUUGUCUAAGUGCAAACGGCUAGAGCAGGAGCUUCAUCAUCUGAAAGAGCAGAACCAGACUUCAGCAAACAACAUGAGACAUCUGACUGCUGAAAACAAUCAAGAACGUGCUCUGAAGGCAAAGUUGUUAUCUAUGCAACAAGCCAGAGAAACUGCAGUUCAACAGUACAAAAAACUGGAAGAGGAAAUCCAGACCCUUCGAGUUUACUACAGUUUACACAACUCUUUAUCUCAAGAAGAAAAUCUGAAGGAUCAGUUUAACUAUGCCCUGAGUACAUAUGAAGAAGCUUUAAAAAACAGAGAGAACAUUGUUUCCAUCACUCAACAACAAAAUGAGGAACUGGCUACUCAACUGCAACAAGCUCUGACAGAGCGAGCAAAUAUGGAAUUACAACUUCAGCAUGCCAUAGAGGCCUCCCAAGUAACCAAUGAAAAAGUUCAAAAGUUGGAAAGGCUGGUGGAUGUACUGAGAAAGAAGGUUGGAACCGGGACCAUGAGGACAGUGAUCUGAUUGAAAAAAAACGACAGUCUGGGGAAGCGAUCACAUCUGGUGACCAGGCUGCUUCAUUCAACACUGUGUAAACACUAAAGCCUUAACUUAGCAAACAGUUGUUAGAAGUGGGACACUCCAACCACAUUCCAAGCUGAGAUAAAAUCAAAUCACAAAUGUUUAACCACUUUGCUGCUGACUUGAGUUAUUUAUCCAAAUAUAUUAACUACAGACUUUUACCAAUGGGUAGCUAUAAGGUUACAGCUUAUUUUGUAACUAUUUUAUAUCUCAAUAUCUUUAAUAUAAAUCUUUUUACUGAGAGAUCAUUAUAGAAAUAUGUUAAAGUUGGUUAGUAUCAUAUCUUCACAUAUGGCCCUUUCUGAAUCAAAGUGCAGCAAAGUAAAUAUUGUCUAAGCUUUAAUCCACUGUGUUAGGUCAAAACUUCAAAUACAUGCAUUUUUCAAUAUUUCUUAACUGAUGAGAGAGGCCUAAACAUGAGUGUGUAGUCUUCCUUCAAUGCAUGUAUGUAAUCUUUGUUAGUAUUAAAAGAUAUUAAAUAUAGAUGCCAUGAAUUAAAUGUAUAAUUUGUUUAAUAAGAGAUGGAUAUAUUAAAAUUACAUUCAUCAAGGCAUGAUUUUUGUUUCACUAUAAAUAAUGCAAACUAUUUCAAUAAAAAGAGCAGACUGUUAAUGUGUACUUAUAAAUUCACAUUGUCAGUAUUUUUUAAUGUUGGGUCUGAAUAAUUAUCUAAAUUCUACUUGAACUAUAAAUCUCUGUCAUUUUUGCUUGAAAAUUAGCAUGCCUCUGUCUUAAAAGAACAGAGACCAUCAAACCUGUUAAGUAUUCGUAUUGUUUAUCUUUUUUUUAAUUGCCAUUUGAUUUUUGUUGUGGAGGAGGGGGAUCUAAUACAUAAUAUGCAAUAAAAUUAUAAUGUAGAAAUAUAAGAAUUCAGAAAAAAGUAAACUUGCCAUUUGGUUGAGGUUACCUGGUUUUUAUUUUAUUUCAGAAAUAAGAUCAUUACAGCAUAGCAGUCAUAUGAAGUUAUGAAUAGAACUGAGAUUUUUAUGUAAUUAGCUAUAGAGAAAAUACUUUCAUAUUUUUAGAUUAGACAGAUGAAAGACCAAGAGGAAAUGACUGUGCCUGGAACAGAAUGAAAUAGACAAGUCGCGAUUUAAUUAGUGAAAAUUUUGUAGGCAAGUAAAAUUUUUUUCUAAGUCUAUAUAUUCUUAAUUCAUCUUUAAGAUUGAGCUAAAUUAUCUACCAUUGCCUAUUUACAGGAUAAGUACAUUCAGGACAAUUUAUUGCACCAUUCUUUCAUAUACUAUAGUAGAUUAUCCAUUUGAAUUUUGUUUUACUCCACAGGAAAAUGUAAGCUACUUUGUCAUAGGUGACAAAAGAAUCAUAGUACUAACAAACUCUAUUUCUUCCUUAUUAAAUCUGUAUCCAUUGAAGUACCUUUUUUAACUAUGAGAAUUAGAAAAUAAGGGACAACAGAGGUUAAAACCAACUAAUUUAAUUUGCUCUAUAGUCCUAAAGAUAAUUACAUCCUCUCAUAGACCAAUGACUCUAUAAUAGAGAAAUAUGUAAUGAUUUAGUCAUGCAUGCAGUUUUUGUUUCUGGGCUCUAUUUGAAACGUGUAACAGCUCCCUAUGUGAAGAAAGAGCAUCUUUAAAGUCAUCUGGGAGGUGCAGGUAAGUAAUGAGAAAGUUUUUGUCACAAAAUAGUCCAUUCCUGAUCUCACUUAAAAUAAGUCACAAGUAAACUUGAAUUUUCAGUUUAAUCCUGAAAACAGAUGAACUUUUCUCGAGUUAUUUUGUCUGAGUUUUUAGAAGACACAAAAUAUAGUAUAAAGACAUUUCACGAUUUCCAAACAAAUAUUUCUACACUUAAAUGAUCAAAUUAGAAUAACCAAUUCCUAUAAUUAAGAUGCAGAACUUUUAUAGAAUAUGAUAUUAUAAAGUUAAAUUUGCAAAAUAAUUGUAACAUCCACUGUUGUUCAGUAUAGGUAAUCUCCCAAAAAUAUCACAUCCUCUUGAAAAUGAGUUGUCUACAAAAUUUCAAGUUCAAAGUAUUACAGCCAAAUAUUAUCUUAAUUUCUUACACUUAAAAGUGUCCAUCAGCAGUGUGUCAGAUGGUCUUUAUAUAUUUUUUCUGUAUGAAUGAAUAGCCUUGCCUACUGAAGAUAGGUUCUCUAUAUAUUCAACAAUAAUGCAACUUUAGAAGUAUUCCACACUGCUGAGAAAUGUUGCUUUGAGUUUGUUUUAUACAUCAUCUACUAAAUCCUAUAGUAACAUGAGAAUUUACUUCUUCUUGUAAAAAUAAGUAAUUUAGAGGAAAGGCAGAAAUGCUAAUACUAACAUUUGUAGCACUUGAUUUACAAAGUCGUUUUACAUCUGUUUUUCUUUUCAUUUGAUCCUGUCAACAAUCAUCAUAAUAAUAAAUUAUAUAUAACCCAUAUAAUAAUCAUGGUGAUGAUAAUUUUAGUAUUACUGUCAUUAUAAUUAUUAUUAUAUUCAUUCUACAGAUGAGGAAACAGACUCAGGAAGUCUUGAAAUUUGCCAAGGACUGGCUGGGACCUGGAACUAAGAUCUUAUAACCACAUUCCAUGUAACUAUGAGUCUGUAAACCUCUCUGUAAGAAAAAAAUUUCAAAGUAAAGAUUUUAACUCUUGCAAUUUAUGUUGUUAUAGUACCAUUUCUUUCACAUACUACAUGCGAAUUCCUUAGUAAUCAAAAGAUUGUACACAUUUCUUUCAAUGAAGUACAAUAAUGUGAACUGCAUGUGUAAACAGCAUCACAUUAUUACCACCUCUCUGUGGUAUUAUAGUGCCAGUAGGCUUUGCCUCAGCCUUCACUAAUUAGGAAUAUUGUGACAAUUCAUUCCUAAUAAAACAUAUCAUGAGUCUCUUUGUACUAUUUUUAAUUUGGCCUGAUGCUAAAACCUAUCAGCUUAGUUUUAUAACAUGGUAGUCUAAACUUCAAGCCUUGCUGUAUCUCCUAGAACAAUUUAGAGCUAAAACCAGUUAUAAGCAAAGUUAUUGGUCAUAAGCAAGGUAUAAGCAGUUAAAGCAAAGUUAUUAUUAAUAUAUGAUAAUUUAAAAUUUUAUAAAUAAGUUAGAAAUUAUUAAUGUAUUUUAAAUACUUUAUGGAAUAAAAUAUUUUGCUUAUUUUUUCAAUGAUAAAGUUGAUCCUUUGUAUAUUUCCUUAUUCAAAUAAACUCAGUCAUCAUCUUAUCAGGUCACUUAUUUAUAUAAUUAGUUUAUUUUAUUAAAAAGCUAGAAUAUUAAAGUGUAUACUUUUAAUAUUGAAUAUAGUUUCAUAGAAAAACAUUUUAUAUGUAUUAUUCUUAAAGAUCACAAUUAUUUUUAAAGUUUCUAUUUUAAAAUAGUUGUGAUUAAUAAGGCAUUGUAUGAUGAAAUAGCCAUGGCUCAUACAUUUUUGUCUUUUCACAUAUGAUGUGUUUGGAACCCACAAUUUUUACUGAUUUUAUUGUGUUGUUGGUAACUAGUAUUUACAGCUAACCUAUCUAUUCAUAUUUUACAUAUAUAUGCAUGCACACACACUGAUACAUUUACCUUUUUAAAAAAUCAUUUAUAAAUGAACUGUUAGGCUCCGGUGAUUUCAGUAUUUUGUUCAUGUUUUAUUGGAAAUGCACGUGGUUUCUUAGGCUUUUAAACAAAUACAUGGAAUGGUUGAGAGAUUUAUUUUGCUCGUGCUUAGCUAAAUAUGUCAUCUCUAGAAAAGAUGUGGUUUGUUUUGGCACUGUUUUAAAAACUCAAAUAUUUUAAGCAUUUGUUAAGUUGGAGCUUGCACAUUUAAACUAGCAGCAUACGUUCCAGGAGAGCAUCUCAAGUUACCAAAUUUUUUGUAAUCCUUUUACUAGAAUAAUCUUUUUUGAAAAGGUUUUCUUGUGCUCGCUUCGGCAGCAUAUAUACUGAAAUUAGAAAAAAAAAACUUUUUUAUUACAUGUUUUAGUGUAAGUUAAGUUAAACUUCUAAAAGUUGAAUUAUUUAAUGUAAGACUUCAUAAAUAGAAUUUGACAAUGAUAAAUGUGUAUUUUUGAGAAUCAUUAAAAUAUUGUAUAUAAUGAUAUUCCUUUGCAGAAGUCUUUAUAUGCUUAAUUUUUAAUCUAAUUGUCUUCUAAAUAUAGUUUUGCUGUAUGCUAGUAUUUUAGAAGCCACCAAUUUCUGGACUAUCUGAUUAUUAACAAAGAUGUAUUUUAAUGCACAAGCUCAAAUGUCUAAAAUAUAUAUUUAUUUUGUAUUCAAAUAAAAUCCCCUAUUGCAAAUCGUA